AUGUCAAAUCCAUUAGCAACGUGCCAGCAUAAAGAUCUUUGGAAUACAGUUCAUAAUAAUACUUUUGAAUACGACUAUCAAAUUUAUGCAACAACAUUCAAUUAUGUUAUGAAGCAGAAUAACUAUCAACUUGUAGCUAGUAGUGAAAACUCAGCAAAAUUUCGGGUGAAUGGGGAAGCAGUUGUUGUGACUUAUGCAGAAUGUGCUGAUAGUUUUACAGCAGAACUGAAUUUGAACAGGCAGAAUGAAGUAGUUAUUAUUAAUAAAAAUGACUAUUUGAACAAAAACAAACAAAUAGCGCAUUUAAACGCAUUAGUAAGUUUUUUAAAUGGCAAAAUCCGCAACUUUACAGUUUGA